CUUCCAACUCCGUCUCGAUAAUUUUGUGCCCGAGCGCGGCCUCUCCUCUGUCUCCCACUCUCGUCUGGGCAGCUCGAAAACGUCGUUCUGCCUAGCUUGCGAUCCACACGUGCUUUGCGUACUCGUGGGAAGGCGUAAGUCGCGUCUCGCGAGUCCGUCCCGUUUCCUUAACCCUCGUAUCUCUCGACGUGCUCCGCUUAGCAUUUCAAACCAUCAACUCGGAUAACUCCAUGGACACCACGUCAAACCUCCGUCAAAAGCGCUCUAGCCCCGAAGAUGGCGACGAUGACCGGGACGCUCCGUCCAAACGACGGCGAACCUUGAGCCCCGAAUCCGACUCUGCUGCGCCGACUCUGGCCCCCCAGGCCGAGGAGCCCGUCUACGACGUCGUGACGCGUCCUACCGCUGGCGACUUGGGCCGGGAAGGCUUGCGAAGGUCUAUCGGUUUGGUGCUGAAGCACGUGGGGUUUGACUCCUGCACCAAGGAUGCGCUGGAGAGCUUCACCGAGUUGGUAGAUACGUACGUCACCGAAUUUGUCGACCACCUUAAGCGCACUGCGAACGCGGCGAGAAGAAACGAACCGACACCGGCAGACUUCGAGCAGAUCCUGCACCGUUACGACGUCCCGCUGUCGUCUCUUAAGCCACACCUCAAGAACCCCGUGUCGAAACCGUUGCUCGAGCCGUCCUUUUACGAUCCGGUCUCGGAGGACAUCCAGUAUUUCCAUAAACCGCGGCCGUUCCUGGGCGAGGAGCUAGAGGGGAGGGAGGAGAAAGAAGAGCGUCUGUGGAUCCCUAAGAGCUUCCCCGUCUUCCCGAGCAAGCACACGUACAAGUUCACGGUGGUGGAGCUGCCGCCGUGCAAUCCGGUAGAGAAGCGCGCACAGGCGGAGGAGGACGCGAAGAAGGGCGAGCUGGCGCUGCGGCGCAUCGACCGGGCGGCCAAGAUCAGCAAGCAGAAGGAGCUCAGGGAGAUGGCCCUGCGUAAUCCGCUUAGCCAGGGACGGUACCAGGCGUGGGAGCAGAUGAUGACGGAAUUUCUGCCGCGGAAUGGGUCCUCGACCGUAGCAGCAGAGAUAGCCGAUCACAGCCCUCUGGUCAACUUCGCCGCCAAGUUUGGCCGGCGGGAAGUGCCUCGGGUCAGCCGCCGAGCACCAGCCGUCUAAUAACCCGGCCCCGGUUGCCGACGGAGCCAGCCUAUCCAAGAGGGGCGAGGAGUGAGACGCGGCACAGCCGAAUCCCCGAUACGAUGUCGGCUGCCGGCAUCAUCUACCUACACCUUACCAUGGAGAUCGGAUGGCUAUUUUCUUUUCCUUUUUGUUAUUUAUUAUUAUUAUUUUACUUUUAGCGAGAACACCUGGGUACCUCUUGAGCCUUAGUUGUGGUCUUACGCCGCUCUUGACUCACGAGAAGGUUUACCCUAGAGCGGAGAACGAUCUAGAGAGGAAGGGUGGGAUACCGAAAGGACGAGCAGAAAGAAACCCGUCUUCCGCACCGUCGCAUCUGUCCACCAGGCUGGAGUUAGGGCGCACAUGGAUAGUAGUAGCAUUGCCUCGCCAAGAUACCCCCCAUUGAUACAAAAUGUGCUUUUUACU